ACAUCCACAGCACUUCUACUGUCCUCUAUGGGCAUGUUUGCCGCCAUGGUCCAGCAGCCUGGCUGCGCUCCCGGGCUGUAGCUCCCGUGUUUGUGUUGUCUAGCUUGAUCGGGAGCCUAGUUGUACGCGUGCAAAUUUAACCUCUCAGUCUGGCUCCACAGAAACGAGAUCAAGAUCCGUUUCGUGGGAGGCUGGCUGCUCGUGGCGCAAGGAUUUCGCGUUUAGCCGUUUAGCUUUGAAUCGCCUCUCAGAACCGAGAUCCUCAAAACCCUUCUCCCCCCUCCCGGAUCGAGUGCUUGAGCUCCGACCAAAUCUCGCAGCGGCUGCAAUUCCGAGCCCGAAGAGCGGAUCAGGCGAGGACGACGCCUUCGAUUCUGAUCUGCGGUCGGCGCGACCUAGAGAGAACCGGAGAUGCAGCAGGGCGACGGCACGGAGGCGCAGGUGACGUGGGAGGACCAGCAGAACAUCAACCGCUUCGGUCGCCUCAACAACCGCCUCCACGAGCUCCAGGACGAGAUCAAGCUCGCGAAGGAGACGAAUGAGAACCUUGAUGAUGCUGGGAAUGAACUCAUCUUGUCGGAUGAAGACGUUGUACGCUUCCAAAUUGGGGAAGUGUUUGCUCACAUGCCAAGGGAUGACGUCGAGACUAGGCUGGAGCAGAUGAAAGAGGAUGCGGCUAAGAAGCUGGAGAGGUUAGAGGAGGAAAAGGAAUCCAUCCUGGCCCAGAUGGCCGAGCUGAAGAAGAUACUGUACGGGAAGUUCAAGGAUGCCAUCAACCUGGAGGAAGAUUAGCAGUACUGGAGUCGUGGCGAUUUGACCCUCUUUCUAGUUCAGGUGCUGUUUUUUCCCUUGCUCUCCGGCUCUCCCAAACAUCAGUCUUGUGAUGCUGGCCUGGUUGUGUUAGCAGUUCUUUCAAAACCUCUAUUACCCAGAAGAACCCAGAAAAUAGUUCCAUUCAUUCCGCGGGUGUAUAUGCAUUGAAGUUAAUGGACCUGAGCCGAUGAAUCCCUUUUCAGUUCA